GAUGGAGUACACAGCCAAGACACGGAAGCUGAUGAAAGCGCUGCGUGCGUUCAUGGACGAGCAUGUGUACCCCAACGAGGCGGCCAUGGCAGCCCAGCACGAGGAGGUCGGCCAGUGGGCCGUCCCGCCGCUCAUGGAGGAGCUGAAGGAGAAGGCCAAGGCCGCCGGCCUGUGGAACCUGUUCCUGCCAGAGUCGGAGCUUGGAGCGGGCCUCUCCAAUUUUGAGUAUGCGCCGCUGUGUGAGAUCAUGGGCGAGGUCCUCUGGGCGCCUGAGAUCUUCAACUGCGCCGCGCCCGACACCGGCAACGCCGAGGUUCUCGCCCGCUACGGCACGCCCGAGCAAAAGGCCACCUGGCUCGUCCCGCUGCUUGAUGGCAGCAUCCGAUCGGCCUUUGCCAUGACCGAGCCCGACGUUGCUUCGUCCGACGCCACCAACAUCUCCACCUCGAUUGUCCGUGACGGCGAUGAGUACGUCGUUAAUGGCCGCAAGUGGUGGACGUCGGGCGCGGGUGAUCCGCGUUGCGCCUUCCUCAUCGUCAUGGGCAAGACUGAUCCCAGCGCCCACAAGUACUUGCAGCAGUCGAUGAUCUUGGUCCCCAUGGACGCAUCAGGCCUCACCGUCCGCCGCCACCUCAAGGUCUUUGGCUACUCGGACGCCCCGCACGGGCACAUGGAGAUUGUGUUUGACAACGUGCGCGUUCCGGCCGCAAACAUGCUCCUUGGCGAAGGCCGCGGCUUUGAGAUUGCACAGGGCCGGCUCGGUCCCGGCCGCAUCCAUCAUUGCAUGCGCCUCAUCGGGACCGCCGAGCGUGCGCUGCGGGUCAUGGUUGACCGCGUCCAGCGCCGGGUGGCGUUUGGCAAACCGCUCGCCGCCCUCGCCUCCAUCCAGAUCGACAUUGCCAAGUCGCGGUGCGAGAUUGACGCCGCCCGCCUCCUUGUCCUCCACGCCGCGUACAUGAUGGACAAGUACGGCAACAAGAAGGCCCGCAAGGAGAUUGCCAUGAUCAAGACCGUUGCCCCGCGCAUGGCUCUCGACGUCAUCGACCGCGCCAUCCAGGCUCACGGCGCUGCCGGCGUCUCGCAGGACACCCCGCUCGCCUACCUCUGGGCCCAAGCGCGGACCCUGCGCAUUGCCGAUGGCCCCGAUGAAGUCCACUGGCGAACGGUGGCCAAACUGGAGCUCCGCGGCGCCAGCAAGUCGUCCAAGCUCUAAGCUCUGGCGCUCUGCCGUGGCUCGACUCUCAGCC